AUGGGGUGCUGCUCCUCUUGCCUGACGGAGACGUAUCCGGAGAAGCAGCAGCAGCAGCAACCUGGGGGCGCUCUCUCCGCCUCGCACCUUACCCCGGGCGUUGGGGUCGGCGGCGCCGCUCUCGAAGGGGGAGACGGCGUGCUGGCCUUCGCUGAGUUCUCCCUGGCCGACCUCAAGGCGGCGACCAACGAUUUCAGCUCCGACAACAUCGUGUCCGAGAGGGGGGAGAAGGCCGGCAACUUCGUCUACAGGGGCCGCCUCCAGAACCGCCGGUGGAUCGCCGUGAAGAAGUUCGGCAAGAUGGCUUGGCCCGAUCCCAAGCAGUUCGCGGUCAGUUCCCCGCCCUCUCCGACCUCGAUUUGCCCCUCCCCCACUUCUCUCCUGGUUCCGAUUCCUUCGGGCUUUCUUCUUCCGCUCGGAUUUUGCACCCUUUGAGACAGGAUUUCUGCGUCGUUCACCUUCAGGAGGAGGCCUGGGGAGUCGGGAAGCUGCGGCACAAGAGGCUGGCCAACCUGAUCGGCUACUGCUGCGACGGCGACGAGAGGCUCCUCGUGGCGGAAUUCAUGCCCAACGACACACUCACCAAGCACCUCUUCCACUGUGCGUGAUUCCAGGAAGAAGGGGAAGCUCCUCUCCCCCCCCUCCCCCCUUCCUCUCUCUAUCCGCCAUUUUCUUCGUACUUCGGGCUGUGUCCGACAAUUGGGCCGCAUACGAACGUCCUUAGAAUCCGAAGUAGCACAUCCCGUUGAUAGGAAUUCGCUGCGAAAAUCGCAUAUUUCUCGGAGGUCUUCAUCGAUGGCCCCAUAUUGCUCUUCCCCUAUUUGCGGUGCAUCCUAUUUCUUUGGCUCAAAAGGCAUGAACAUGAUCUGGGUUCGGGUUAGUCCCAGGGCCAUCGUUGAUAUUAGAUAGCCGCGUCCUGUAAUGCUGCACUUUGAGCAUCCGAUUCUGUCUCUUGGAGCAUCCCCAUUUCUGAAGGGGGAGAGAGAGAGAGAGGAAGGCUUAGAUUCUGGCUACCAUCACUCUCUUUUGAACCAUCCCUUCUUCUGUCUGACAGGGGAGAGCCAAACGAUUGAGUGGUCGAUGCGUCUGAGGGUUGCCUACUGUAUUGCCGAAGCAUUAGAUUACUGCAAUAGUCAAGGGCGGCGAUUGUAUCAUGAUCUGAAUGCCUACAGAGUGCUGUUUGAUGAGGUGAGAAAUCUCCACACCCCGACCAUGGUUUCUGUUUAGUUUUUCGCAUCUGUUCUUGAUCAAGGCAAAUGCCUGCACAAAAAUGCCCAUCUUAUUGGAUCCUCCAUGGCUGGUUCCUGGUCAUAUGCAAGCUUCUGAUUGCUGAAAACUUCUCAUCAUAUGCAUGCUUCGGUUGACUCCAUAUUUGUUCGCCUGUAUUGUGAAGUCUCAGGAUAGUUGACAACCCUCCCCCUUCGGGGAAAAAUAACAACGUGCCUCCAUUCCCAUUUCCUGCAUUAUUUUUUUCAACAUCAAAGAUGGUUUGAAUUUCAAAAACUUUUAUGUUUUCAACAUGAAAGCUGUGCUAUGUUCAGAUUCCAUCUUUUUUAUUAUUUACCCGUUGACUUUGAAGGUCGGCUCAGGCAUAUAUAUCAUCCCAACCAUGUUCUUGUUUGUUUCAAACCAACUUUGAUUUGUUUCUGACUUCUGUCUUCUUCUUUUCUUGUGGCAUUAUAUAUAUAUAUACUCUUUCCCUGUUCAUCCCAACCAAUAGUUUGAAUUUUUUUAAUUUUGCAUUUUUCGGCAACUAUGUCAUCUGGGUCAUGCGACUCUGUUAAAAAAAACUCUAAAAUCAUGUGACCGAAUCAUGCAAGUUAUCCGAUAUUUAGUUAGUGGUGACUAUGAAAAAUGUGGUCAGUAUAUCUUAUGAGUUGAACCGAAUCAUGCCAGGUUGAGAAGCCAUGACUUGAUGGCCAUCAUGUAGCAGUUGGGUAAAAUCCCAGACUAAUUAGAAAAAAUGGUUUUUUUCGUUGAUUUUGGCGCAAAACCCUUCUUUACUGGUGCUCUUGGAGAGCUGCAUAAAUGAUGAAUGAAAUGGGAAAAACGGAGCAUCAUGAUACCAUUUCUCAUGGAAAAAACGUUUCGGGUUGCAAACUAAAGUGAGAAAACAGUCGAAUCUGAGAAAUGGGUAGCUAAAUUAGGCAACCUCUUAGUUGCCCUCCAUCCAUAUUCGAUCUUAAAAAUUAUAUUUUGAUCACUGGGCUUGAAGCUCAGUCUUUGUGUAAUCCAUCUAUUAUCAUGGCCAUUGCCAAUCUUUCGUGGGUUUCAAGCAAAAUUAAGGCUAAAAAUGGAGCCGUCAAGUGGGAAGAAAAAGACGAAGAUCCUUAUUGAGAAUAGUCCGGUACUGAUUAUUAUUUGAAUAAGUAUGUAACUAUAAGGUUUAGCCUAUUUCUCUGGCUUCUGAUUGGUUUUUCAUUGGAUGGCCCGAUGACUGGUAACACAUGCGAUGCCCGAGUGAUGUUGGGCUUAAUGGGCCCAUUUAUGCUGUCCACGUGGCAGAGCCCUCCCAGGGGAGGGGGCCAUGGCAUGCUAUCACAGAAGUAAACUCGGAGUUACAGAGAUGGGAGGAUAAAGUGGGAGCAUAUAUCACAUUUUGAUGGAGUUAUAUGUGCUUUGAGGAAAAAUAUGGGAGUGUAUAGUUAAUCCAAGUAUUUAAUGGGGAAUUAAAAUAAAUAAAUAAAUCAAUCAAUAAAACCUGAAACGCAUCGAUAAUGUGGGUCCUAAACCUCGCAUCCCUGUCUGUCCCAAGAGUAGACAAAAAUCCCCAACAGUUGAAGGGUCUUCUAGCAUUAUAAGAAAGCAAUUAUUUAUACUUUUGGUUCUGGGUUCUUCUUAGCCCAGAAUCUCACUGUUCCCUGCCUGAUCUGAUCCUGUUCAGCUGGUGCCCGGCUGAUGUGGCUUGUUUUUCUAAUUAAAUCGUACCCGAUAGCCAUAUUAUUUUGUGUAAUAUUUAAUGGCAGAUGGCGGCACAUGACAAGCACAUUUAUAGUAAAAAUAUGGUAAUUUUCCAUGGAUUAAUCGCAUCUCAUGUCUCCUUCAGACCCUAAUUCUGUUUCUUUGAAAUCAUUUUCAGAAAAGUCAAUAUUUGGUCGUUGCCCAAAAAAACGGCAGAUGGAGGCAGGCAACAAGCCCAUAGUUAUUAUCUAAUAUAUGCGCAUUUACCCUAAGAAUAAUUGCAUUUCAUUCCCCCUUCAGGGUCCUAUUUUUCUUUUUUCUUUAAAUCUUUUUGAGAAAAAUCAAUGUUUUGUCGUUGACCGGAUGAUGUGGAAAUUACUGAUUAUGGGCCCUUCAUGCAGGAUGGCAACCCCCGCCUCUCAUGCUUUGGGCUGAUGAAAAAUAGCAGGGAUGGGAAGAGUUACAGCACAAACCUUGCCUACACGCCGCCAGAAUAUCUCAGAAAUGGUACACGUCGGGUUUCUGAAAGCCAUCUCCUCGGCUGAUUCAUUAAUUUUCAAUCUUACAGACAUACUCCGAAUGCACUGAUUUCAUCAACUUAUGCGCAUUUCAGUUCUGCAAUAUUCACGGGUUUCCUUUAGCUGCAGAAGGAGAAAAAAAAGUCAAAGGCAUUGACUCUGUUGUUGACCUGUGAAUGAUCGAAGGAUCUCUAUUGUAGGUAGGGUUACUCCUGAAAGUGUGAUCUUCAGCUUUGGGACUGUUCUUCUUGAUCUUCUCAGUGGGAAGCACAUACCCCCCAGCCACGUAAUUUUCUCACCAGCUAGCUCCCUUGUCUUUAAGUAGCCGUUUUAAUUUCUUUUUUUUUUUUUUUUUUUAUUGGCAUGUUUAUGAACUUUGGAUAAUAUUCACUUUUUUUAGUAUAUAAUGUUAGCAAUCGAUUGGGUGAUUUACAUGAGCUGAUGAUCGCGGUUCUCCAUGAGCAUGCAUGCAGGCUCUGGACAUGAUCAGGGGCAAGAACAUCCUCCUGUUGAUGGAUUCCCAUCUGGAAGGCAAGUUCUCGACGGAGGAGGCGACAGCGCUCGUUGACCUCGCCUCUCGGUGCCUGCAGUACGACCCCCGAGAGCGGCCCGACACUGUCAGCCUCGUGGCGACCCUCGCGCCAUUGCAGACGAGGUCAGAGGUGAGGGCUCUCUCCUUCCAGUCUCCAUCUCUGGUUUCGCCUUCUUCCUCCCCCCUUCCACUGGUGCGAGUUCUUCUUCUUCUUCUUCCUACUUCGGUCGCAGGUGCCCUCCCAGGUGAUGCUCGGGAUCACCAAGCAGGAGGAGGCCCCCCUGGGCCCGCAGCGCCCCCUCUCGCCGAUGGGCGACGCCUGCUCCAGGAGGGACCUCACUGCCAUCCAUCAGAUCCUGGUGACGACCCACUACAAGGAUGACGAGGGCACCAACGAGGUACUACUACUGCUACUCCUCCCUGUUCGCCGAAUUUGAUAAUUCAGAGAUCUCAUGGCGGUGUCUCUGUGCGGCGGGUCAGCUGUCCUUCCAGGAGUGGACGCAGCAGAUGCGGGACAUGCUGGAUGCGAGGAAGCGCGGGGACUUCGCCUUCCGCGACAAGGACUUCAAGACGGCCAUCGACUGCUACUCGCAGGUAGGGUUCUUGCCGGCGAAUGACAGGUAAUGGCAACAAGUUAGGGUUUUCGAUCUCGGUGUUUGAUGGGUUUGUGUUUGCGGGGCAGUUCGUGGACGUGGGGACGAUGAUCUCGCCGACGGUGUACGCGCGGCGGAGCCUGUGCCACCUGAUGUGCGACCAACCCGACGCCGCCCUGCGGGACGCCAUGCAGGCGCAGUGCGUGUACCCGGACUGGCCGACGGCGUUCUACAUGCAGGCGGUGGCGCUGGCGAAGCUGAACAUGCCGAGCGACGCCGCCGACAUGCUGAACGAGGCGGCGGCCCUGGAGGAGAAGAAGCAGAAGGGCGGCGGGAGGGGCUCCUGA